AUGUCCGCUAACUCGUAUUACGGCGGCGGCGGCGACCAAGGAGGCUACGGCCAGCAGGGUGGAUAUGGCCAGCAGCAGGGAGGUUACAACCAGCAGCAGCAAUACGGUCAGCAGCAGCCCCAGCACGGCCAGCAGCAGUACGGCCAGCAUCAGCAGCAGCAGUACGACCGAGAGCAACCUCAGUACGGUCAGCAGCAAGGAGGAGGAGGAGGACAGGCCAGCUCGUAUGCCGCCUCUUUUGGCAAUGACCAGAACAACACAGCCCAGGCCUACCCGGGGAGCAACACCGGCCCCAACCGUCCCGGAGGUCCCGGCGGUGCUCAGGAUGGCGAGCGUGGCCUCGGCGCAACUCUUGUCGGAGGCGGUGCCGCCGGCUGGGCUGCCCACAAGGCCGGAGGUGGCUUCCUAGCCAGUCUGGCUGGUGCUGCUGCCGGCGCCAUCGGUGCCAACAUGCUCGAGCACGGCGUCAAGAAGUACAAGAAGAACAAGAAGAACCACAAGGACGGUCGCCCCAGAGCCUUGUCCGGUGCUUCCACCAGUAGCGAAGAUUCCGAGGACGAGUUCGGCAACCGUCGACCCGGCGCAGGCCCCGGAAAGCGUGAUCUUGGCGGUCCCGGUGGUCACGACUACGGCCCGCCCAGCGGCCCGCCUCCUCCUCAGUAUGGCGGUCACCACGGAGGCCCCGGCGGCCCUGGAGGCUACGGUAGCCAGGGAGGCUACGGCGGCCAGGGAGGUUAUAACCAGGGCGGAUAUGGCCAGGAGCCACCUCGCUGGUAG